CCGCCAUUGUGGCUCCAAAGAAGCAUUUGGCGCCGAAUCCCGACGUCGUCAACUCAAACUAUCUUGAAUUUAGCUGAAAAGACCCUUCGUUGUGUCGGCAAACACUAAUAACCUUUGCACCAAAAUGAGUGAUUCUGAAGCGGGUGGAGGCCUGAUCCAGGAGCCGCUGAAGAACAAACUAAGAAGGCUGCAACAAGGGAAAUGCACCGUGGAAGACGACAUCGAUGCCAACAAUACGAUUUUCCAGUCCCUGCUGAAGGAGUUGGACACAUUGCAAACAGAAUCUCAACUACUAGAAAUAAGUCAUCAAGAAAAACAAGAGUUGUGCCAGAAGCUGCAGUUCCAGUGCAAAGAAUCUGAGCAGGAGUCUGUCAGACUUGCCGAGGAGAUCAAGAAGCGUGAAGAGCUUCUGGCACAGCUCAGAUGUGAAAUCCAGGAUCUCAAGCUCAAGCAGCGGAAGCAACGGAUGGAGUUUGAGAAUCAUCUUCACCAGCUGAUGGAGCAGCACAAGAAGCUGUACUUUGUCAUUAAAGACUCGCGGCCCAAAGAGUGAGUGCCCAGGUGUGCUGCACGUACGCUACAAGUCAUUACACACACACUGCUUACUACUGCUUUUCUUACGCCAAGACUUUGAGUCAUGCGCCAUCAUCCUUCUUCAUUUAUUGAACAAUAAUGCCUUGCUUUUUCCUCACUGGAGUACGUUUGACAGCUUUUGUGUUGAUGACAUUUGUGAAACGGUAGUAACGUAACAAUGAAUAUUGUCCUUGUUUGAGUUGGCAACUACUAAGGGCACGGUAACAUGUUUAAUAAAGUACAAAGUGUGUUUACUUGAAGCACAACUAAAUAUCUUGUAUCUCCACUCCAGACCACUGAUAAUAAUCAUUUCAAAUAUUUACAACCCCAGAGAGAACACACAAUAAACUGGACAACCACUAAAUCUUUGGUUUAAUCACACAAUCCAACAGAGUGGAGACGUCCAGGAGUUAGUCAUGUCCUACAGAACCACCUCGCUCCUUUCCCCACCAAACAUCUUUAUUUACAUUAAAUAACCAGCCAAAUAGACACGUACACUUCUCAAUCACGUCCAACCUGUUAGACUCAAU